UGGUGUUGUUGUGUCUGUAGUUCCCUCAGGUCGACGGACUGUCUCUGCUGUCAGAAUAACGCCGGUGAAGAGCAUGAAGAGUUCUCCGGACCUGAUGCCAGCUGCAGACAUGGACCCCUCCAGAGUGUGCAAGGGGAGGGGGGUUGUGACAUUGAGGGCGACCCUGGUCCACAUCGACGACGAUGACAUCAGCGCCCCUCUGCCCAGCGCAGACGCACAGCAGACCGGGCAGAAUGUCUGCCUGGCUGACACCAAUGGGGACAGCUCAGCAGCCUCUGUAGAGGUGAAGGGUGAUGAAGAUCUUCUCACAGACUGUAAGCUUCCCUCACAGGCAGGAGGCCUGAGUCCUGAGGACCCCCUGCUCACUUCCUCCUCAGACACGCCCGGUUUCCUCACCCCCUCCUCCACCUACCCCUCCACCACCUCCGUCAACCCCACCAUCGUCCUCCUGCAGCACAACAGAGACCCCGCUCCAGAAGGGGGCGCCGUGGAGCAGGCCCUGCUGGACGAAGAUUCGGGCAGAGUCCCAGAGAGCUGCCUUGGAGAGAUGGAUGGGAAGCGGAUGAGGCUCUCCCUGCACUCGCCCGCCGCCCGACCCCUGGAAGACGCCUCCGCUCCCAUACGGAACACUGAGAGGUCCAAAGACUGGUAUAAGAACAUGUUCAAACAGAUCCACAAGGUCCCAGAGGUUCCGGAGGAAAACCCCUACCGCCCCACCUACAUUUUCCCCGAAAACUAUGACAAGCCACUGAAAGUGCGAGAUGAUGCCCCAUCCAGCCUCAUGUACCCAGAUGACACGACAGGGGUCCCGCGAUCGAGGAGCGCUGCAGACAUCGGGCGGACCGACCCCCGGGGAAACGCCAUGUCCAAGAUGCCCGUUCCCGCCCGCACCUCCUCCCUCAGACCAUCUGCUGAAAGGUCAGACUGGGAGCCCCCGGACAGGAAGGUGGACACCAGGCGGUACCGCGCCGAGCCCCGGAGCAUCUUCCAGUACGAGCCGGGGAAGUCCUCGGUCCUGAGGGGGGACAGAACGACUCAUGGUUUAAGUCCAGAAGAUGUAGAUUUAGAGAAUGAACCUUGGUAUAAAUUCUUUUCAGAGAUGGAGUUUGGAAAACGGAGCGCUCCCUCUUUCACGCCGCUGGAAAGCUCCGCAGACCUGCCGCAAUUUUCCAAAUGCGAGCCGGACCAUGGCGAGGCCAAGGAAGGGGAGACGCCCCCCAGCGAGCCGGGGGCAGGAGACAGCGACCGCCACAUUUACAAAAGCGUCCUGGAGGGCGGAGACAUCCCCCUGCAGGGGCUCAGAGCUCUGAACAAGCGACACCCCAGCUCCUCCUCUAAAGUGGACCAUAAAGGUGGGAAUGGCUACAUAAUGUCACCUUCUUCCUGUGUAAAUAGCGCUUCGGCUCUCGCCGCUAGCGCGCUCGCUAACCAGUGUAAGAGUAAGAAGCCUCUGUCGGCCGCCAAAGCGGGCCUCCCCGAAAUCCUGCCGUCCAAGUUCAAACCCAAGCUGCGGGAGUUUCAGGAGGUGCGGGAGGCGAAGGCGGAGCCCGCCCGCCGGCCCAAAGCCCACAGCUGCGAGGACCUCAGGGAGGGGGCGUCGGCGGGCCGAGGGGGGCCGGACAAGAGGGCGGGGAGCGCCAGCGGGCUGCCGGACUGCGGGGGACAGGCCUGGAGGACCACGGCCGAGUUUUCGGCCAUGUACCGGACCAUGCACCACAUCCGCCGGCCUGGCUGCGAGGGCUACAGCCCCCAUGGGAGCGUGCGGAGCCUGACCUCGCUGUUCGAGAGGGACGGGGCCGGGCCCGGGGGCGGGGCGGGGCUGGAGGGGGGGGCGGCGGCCGUGCCCAGGAGCGCCGUGUCGUCCCGGGUGACGGAGUUCGAGCAGAUCAUCCAGCGCUCCUGCUCCAUGCCAACGCUCCACGGCAGCCCCAGCCCUGGCUCCACCCCCUCGUACAUGACGGGCGCCGUGUCGGCCGAAUCGCUGCUCCUCACCGAGCCCCCCCGGAGGGAGGAGGAGGAAGCGGAAGAGGAAGAGGUCGACUCGGAGGUCGUCGAUAAUUCGAGGCCGGAUUCCACCUCGAAACCAGAGAAGGAGGCGCGACCAGAGAAGGAGGCGCGGCCAGAGACGGACCGCUGCUCCGAGAGCUCCGCCCACUCCCCCGUGGCCACGCCCACCCCGCCCGGCCACGCCCACUUCCACCACCUGCACAAACCCAGCAAGUGCAAGGGCACCUGCCCCGCGUCCUACACCCGGUUCACCACCAUCCGUCGGCACGAGAGGCAGCUGGCCCAGCGCGACCGCCAGGAGGCGGCCGACAGGAAGAAGCCUUUUCCCAGCAGCCUCUUCCUCAUGGGCCCCGCCCCCUUCCGGCUCAGAAAAACCCUCCAGAGCCACCAGGCCAAAAAAACCUCCGCCUUUUCGGCGACCAAGGCCCCGGCCGGGGGCCUGAAGCUCUCGCUCGGGGAGAACAGCCACACGGCGGAGCCCAGGCCCCUCAUCCCCACGCGCAUGUCCUCCCUGGAGGUGCUGGAGAGGCUGAGCAACGGGGAGGCGCCCCCCUCCUCCCCCUCCCCUGGGGGGGGCGACUGCAGCCCGCGCCUCCUCAACGGCGGCACUGCGGGCCCCGGCCCGCCCGGCCUGGACUGCAACAGAAACCCCCUGAGCCCGACCGCGGCGCACGAGCGAGAGUCUGAUUCUCCACGGCACUUCUCCCACGGGGAGCACACGGAUAAUCCGGAGGAGGCGCUCAGGAGGCGGUAUGGGGAUAAGGAGAAAAUCCUGGAGGAGCAGCGGCGUCUGAAGCGCGAGCAGGAGGAGGCAGACGCUGCCUCGCGCCGGCACACCAGCCACUUCCUCACGCAUCACCAGUUCAUCACCAACGAGCGCUUCGGAGACCUGCUCAACAUCGACAACACCGAGAAGAGGAAGUCCGGCUCCGAGAGGACUCCUGCCCUGGCCAAAUUUGACUUCAAAGCCGAGACACUAAAAGAGCUGCCCUUUCAGAAGGGGGACAUCGUGUACAUCUGUCGACAGAUUGAUCAGAACUGGUUCGAAGGAGAGCACCAUGGUCGAAUGGGUAUUUUCCCUCGGAGUUACGUAGAGCUCCUGCCGCCCACAGAAAAGGCCCAGCCGAAGAAGCAGGCCCCCGUCCAGGUCCUGGAGUACGGCGAGGCCCUGGCCCGCUUCAACUUCAACGGAGACACCGCCGUGGAGAUGUCCUUCAGGAAGGGUGAGAGGAUCACACUAAUUCGCCGUGUGGAUGAAAACUGGUACGAGGGUAAAGUCUCCGGCACCAACCGCCAGGGCAUCUUCCCGGUCACCUACAUCGAAGUGCACAAACGGCCCCGCAUCAAGAAUGGCGUGGAUUACCCCGACCCGCCCAUUACGCCAUCACCCAAUCGCAGCAGCAACGCCUCGCCACAGAUCCCCCGAACCCGCCUGAGCACGGCGCCCCUGCCCCUCCCCCGCUCCAGCCAGCGCUCGGUGUCCCCCGAGGUCCACGCCAUCUCCUCCGAGUGGAUCUCCCUCACCAUGGGGAUGGGCUGCAGCCCCCCCGCGGCCCCCACCCCCCCCUUACCGCCCCCGCCCUCGGCCUCCUACCGCUGGGGCGAGUACCUGCCCCCCUCCCUGUCCGCCAGCCCCGUCCCUCCAAUCAGCUACAGCCCCUACCCGGGGUCCCCCUCCGCCUCCCCCGUGCCUCCCCCUCUGCCCCCGCCCCGGCCCAGCUCGGCCACGCCCUUCCUGACCUUCACCCCGCCCCAGGGGGAGGAGUUCCUGCUGUCCCCGCCCUCGCCCCGCCUCUCGCGCAGCCUCAGUCCCUGUGGGGGGGCGGGGCUGGAGGGCUGGCUGGGCGGGCGGAGCCCCCUGAGUGGCCUGCUGGGCGAGGGGGCGGAGCCAGAGAGGGGCAGCGAGCGGGAGGCCCUCUGCGAUUGGCUCAGCAGCCCGGGAGAGCUGGUGAAGAGUGAUGGUGAGUACCAGGGCCGGUCCUCCAGAAGUCCCGUGCUGCUGUUCGACAUCCAGGACAACGUGAUGAACGCCAACUCGUUCGCGGAGGCGGUGUGUAAGGAGAUCCUGAGCAUCGCCGAGACGUCCGUGCGCUACUGCAGCACUCUCUCCCGGGCGCCCGAUUCGGGGCGGGGCCGGAGACUGCAGCCCAGUAAACACUCUCUCAUCGUUUCCCAGCAACCACAGCCGCACACGCCCAGUCCAGAACCCGCGCGGCCCAGCUGCGGAAUUUUCCAGGCUCUCUACAGCUAUGUCCCGCAGAACGAGGAUGAGCUGGAACUCCGGGAGGGUGAUCUGGUCAACGUCAUGGAGAAGUGCGACGAUGGCUGGUUUGUUGGAACCUCCAGGAGAACGAAAGAGUUUGGCACUUUCCCAGGGAACUACGUCAAGCCCGUCAGCCAGUAACCCCCGCAGCCCGGGCGCUCGCUCUCAGCGCACUCUGCCCACAUCCCACCCACGGCUGCCUGUUGAGUUUGGAAAUCAGUACUAGAGGUUUAUUUCGUCACGGUCGCGUCUCGACCAGGUUGAAAGCAAAGGUUCGGGGGUAUGCGGUCGAUCACGAGACAAGGUUCUUCUCUGGGAGGGAGGAAGAGGAGGAGGAAGAAAGAGAGAGAGAGGAAGGAGGGAGAAACAUCAGAUUCACUGCCCGAUCUCUACGGUGCGGUGAGCAAGUCUGUUACGCUCUCCAGCCCAGCGGAAAAUCGGGACACCCUGGCAACGUUAAGAGAACGUUAUCAGAGUGUUGCGAGAGCGUUUCGCUGGCGCACACACACCCAGCUAUAUCCGUGACAUGCCCUUCAGAUUUAAUAUGUAGCUGACAGAAAUGUUUAGGUCUUGCUGUGUGGUUUACAUUGUAAAUAAUACGAGAGUUUUCUUUGAAGCACAGUUUAGAAAUAGGUGUCGCUGCAGUCAGCAGUACACGACUCAUGGAGAGCGUGUCAGAAUAAAAGCGUUUCACAACACCACGUAGAUCUGAGCAGAAACCGAAGUGUGCGUUUACACGCAUAGAGAAUCCAGUGGCCUUCCAAUAGCUACCUCACACACACACUGUGGGAUAUAAUAUUACCAUCACUGACCCUAGUGUGUGUGUGUGUAUGUGUUUGUGUGUGUGAGUGUUUCUGUGUGUGUGAGUGUGUGUGUGUGCAUGCGUGCAUGCGUGUGAGUGUGUCCCCACAUGUUUCCUUGUGUGUGUAAGUGUGUGCACGCAUGAGUGUGUGUGCGUACGUGUUUGUGUGUGCAUGUAUGUGUGUUUGUGUGAGCAUGCGUCUGUGCAUGUGUGUCCAUAAAUUUGUUUGUAUGUGUACGUACGUGUUUGUGUAUGUCUGUGUAUCCGUACAUGCAUUUGUGUGUGAAUGUGUAUGAGAGUGUGUAUGUGUGUGUAUGUAAGUGUGUGACAGUGUGAAUGUGUGUGUGGCAGAGAGAGAGCAGGAGAGAUAUUAUCCAUCCUAUGCAGCCACUGCAUCCCUAUGCCUGUAUUUGCAGACUUCAGUGUGAAUUUUGUGUUUGCAACCAUCUGCAAUAUUUCUUUCAGAAAUCUUUAUUUAUUUUUAUUUGACUGUUGCAUGUUAUUUCUUUACAGUAUAUAAUGGUUUUCUUAUGCUUUCUAUUUUCAUAACAUACCCUCAACUAGAGUACAGAAUUCAUAAGCGCGGUGGUUUCUUCAUGUGCAAUUUAUUAUAUAAUAAUCAUAAUAAUUUGUAUAUUUAUCAUCACCAGUGUUAUCACCAUCAUCAAUAAGAUUUUAAAAUAUACUUUUUUUUUUUUUGGGAGGGGGGGGGGGUCAGCACACACAUAUGAAUGUAUCAUUUAUACAUUAUUUUUAAAUAUGUUAUUUACAUAUUCAUAAUCUAUUUUUGAAUGAUAAGUAUUUUCAGGAUAUAUGUGAAACUGGCAUAGUUGUAUAAUGGAAGUAUGCUUUACGGUAGCAGCAGAGGGUUUUGGGAAACGUUUUGUACUCUUAAGGCAGAGGCAGAGGAACAGGGCUGUACAGUGGAGCAGGAAGUGCCAUGUUAGCAUAGCAUGUUGCUCCUGUGUGGGAAUCGCCCCCAUUUUGUAUCAUUUCCCACACCAUCACCAUCGGCUAUAACACUGGCACUAUUUAAACUGUUAUAGACUUGGAAUGUAUUAUAUAAGAAACUGCUCGUGCUUUAUUGGUUAAUUAAUGGGUUGUUUAAUUGAAUUUCAAAUGAACCGAUUGAUUGAUUUCAUGUUCUCUUGACUGGUAAUCUGAUACACUACAAAACAGAAACAUUAUCGGAUAAUGAUGUGCCAUAAAGAAAUACUAUUUUAUUUUUGCUGAUUGAAUGGAGGUUUCUUAUCUUCCCGCACAUUAUGCACGGGCUAAGUAGAGCAUGCAGUUGGAUUCACCUGCUUUUUGGUUUCACACUCAUAUUUUCCACCCCUGUUGCUUCACACACGUGUUCAUUUCUUCUUAAACAUAACGGGAAAUGUGUAUUUUCAACGCCGCCUUCAGUGUUGAUGGAAAGUUGAAAACAAACAAGCACGAAAUUUAAUGACAUUCCCAGAGUCACAGAAGAGAAAAUGGUGUCUUGUUUCACCAUGUUUUUGGCUUUACUUCUUUUCCCUUAAAACAAGUGAAAAUGUUGCAUUGUUCCUGGUCCGGGUGUCAGCCAUCACUGCAUAAGGAUCACCUUAUGGUACGAGGAACCUUUCACUGCAUAAGGAUCACCUUAUGGUACGAGGAACCUUUCUGAGACUUACCCAAUCACCUCAAAGGUGAAUUCUGUGGUAGCGCAGAUAAAAAUGACUGGUUUUCUGUAUGAAAAAGCCAGAACAAAAUAGUCUGAAAAUAAGUAAGUGUACAAAAUACUUACCACAAGUUUGCCUACUUUCAAUUCAAAAUGUCUGCCAUCCUUUUCUACCUUAAGGGACACAGCUGUCUCCUUAUUUCUAAAAUACAAACUGAUAAGCUUAUGUGCAAUUAUACAUUUUUUUAUCGAUGUAGACCUCACGUUUAUAGACACUCAAAAGGAUAUGUCAAGGGAUCUGGAGAUAAUAUGCCAAAAUAGCUGUUGUAAAUGGCAGUGUUUUGUAAAAUACAUGUUGAAAGUAGACGGGCAUGGAUAUAUUUCCUCUUAAGCUGGAUGUAACCAUUUCCAUCAUGCCUAGCUGGUAAUCACUUGUUUUUCAGAUUCCCAGUCAGUUACAGCUUUUAUAAAAUGCUUGUUUUGGGAAUUGUAUAGUGCCUGUAAUCCAAUGAAGACUAAAAACACUAACCUGUGUGAAUUUGACUGCUGUUCAAAAAUAUCGGAAAUAAGCACGAUAAGCAAAUCAAAUUAUUUUAUUGAUUUUUAUCAUAAGCUAACACAAUGUUUUGAUGAUAAGGCAGUGUUUGGGGUAAAAAUAUAGUUUUGAAGUAACAGAGAAGUCACAUAAUUCAGAGAUUAAUGCUUUAAUGAUUUUUUAUGGUUUUGCAAACUCACUACAAAAUACCCCAAGUAUGGCUUACAAGUAUUAAAAUCUCAAACACAUAAACAGAUGAAUAUGAAGCAGGUAUUGUAGCAGCUGUCAAGUUUGUGUCUAAAGGUGUUAUUCCAGCCUUCUACUGGACCCCAGUUAAGUUCAGACAUGUUUGUACAGAAGAAUCACUGUGGAUUUGACCCAGAGCAAAAACUAGAGCAGUAGAUCAGACUUGUCUAAAUGUCUCUGUGAAGAAAGUAGGCCGGUUGAUCCAUUGGGCAGUUGGUGCAGUAUGGUAUUUAUAUCAGUAAGACCAGCCACAUAUCUGUAACUUACUGUACAGGUGAAUGGUAUAAACUGGGGUACCAUCUGUCACAAGAAACUGCGGGUACAUGGGAGUCAGAAUGGAGUGUCUGCUUAAGUAUGACUGUAGCCUCAUUUCACUCACUAGCUCACAAGUUUAUUUAAUACCAGUCUGACAGUUUCCACUAGUUUUAGUCCAGAACUCGAAUGUCAGUGACAUAGCAUCGUAUAUUUAUUAUUUUUCUCCUACGAAAGAAAAAAUGUAGAAUUUCCCCCACUACUGUGAGGUUGCCCAAAACUCAUUUGUAAUUUCCUCAGAAAAACAGUCGUGUCAAACUCUGUGUGACCCUGUUGAAUGUGGAGGCGAGUCAUGUUGAUCCAGGUGUACAAAAUUAGUGAUGAAGUGAAAUCCUACAGGAUGGUAGAUCUCCAGGAACAGGAUUGGGGGAUUUCAAUACUUACAGUAUAAUGCAUUUCUGGUUAAUCAUAACACUGGCGGUCUACUAAAGCAGACUAGGUGUGUGUAUGGCUGAAGGGUGACCUGAUUGGACAGACUGGUUGUGUUAACUGGUGAUGUCUCCACCUCCCCAGUAUAUGUUAGUAUUUAGUAAUGCUGGCAGUAUGUGUAUAGAUUUGGUGGCCAAUCUCUUUCCUUAGCAUUAUGCUCAAUAUGUACAUUGCAUUAUGAUCACAAUCGCUAAUAAUGAAAAACACCACAUUACUGCAGCAUGAGAAGCAUCACAACGAAGGCUGAAAUAGGCAGGUAUGAACCUUAAUUAAUUAUUUUGUCAAGCGUUACAAAGCAGUUAUGAAGCCAUCGUGUGCCCAUUAUAUAAACGUUGUAAUUAUCUAAUUCAGGUGAAUUGUUGGUUUUCUUUCUUUUAUUGUUAUAUUUUAAAUGCCAUGACUCUUGAUUGUGUUAGCGAAUGAGAGUGUCGGUGUGCCGCAGCACUUGGCUGCCAUUGGUCUGUUGCCCGUUACUGUUGACGCCAUUGGUUGAUUGCUAUAUGAUGGUGGUUUCAUUGGAUGCUUAAUGUAUUCAGUUUGGUUGUGCAUUUGAUGCACUGGACAUCCACACAUAAGCUAAAUAACUCCAGUUAAUCGAUAUUGAGGAAUAUUCUAAUGUGUGAAUUUUAUCUAGCAAAGAACCAGGCCAACACAAAGGGCUGUUCACUCCACCUCCGAGAGGCUUCCAGGGCAAACUGAGAAUGAAAAGACAGGAAAACAUGGCUCAGAUUGAGCAGAACCAUUAUAGAGAUGUAUUCUCUAGUCUGAGUCUUUGGAAGACAUCAGAAUAAUCAGACACCGGUACCCUCGAGAUGUGUGAAUGUGUCUGCUGAAACAAAUAAAUACUCAAGUGUAUAGCCUACAUAACAUUAUACAUAAUUGUAUGGACUCUCAGUACUUUUCAGCAUGAAUGCACAUUUUGACAAGUCUGGCUAAUGUAGGAUUGUAAAUAUGUAUAUUAUAUAGAGGAAAACCAGAGAAGGAGAAAUGAAGUCAUUCGGCUCUAGAUUUUCUGCCUUUAUUUUGAAGCACAGAGUAGAAGCAACAGAAUGCGGCGUGGUCCGCGUCACACUGUGAGCGUAACCACGCGUGCGUCACAUUUGCUUUACCGAAUCACGCAUCGUUUUUCUUUUUCCGUUUUUAUUUUCUUUGUCCAUCGGGAAAAGUGUAUCCGUGUCAUAUUUAAGAGUAUUACUCUUAUCGUUGUAUUGCAAGUUAUAGCGUAUGUGAUGGGAGAAAAACGCAAUUAGCAGUAAGAGAAGCAUAGCGUAACAUUACUAUCGAUUAUGUUACUGUAGCCUAUGUAUACUGCGGUUUGCCCAAAUGCACACCUGCCUCAUGUUUUGUUGGUUUGCUUCUAUUUGCAGUGCUGUUGCUAUGACAAUACUAAAUUAAAAAGAACACUAUUUACUGCUGUGAUUUCAGUAUUAUGCAAUAUUUAAUAAACUGUAUUAAAGCAUAUAA